GCCAAAACCCCGGUCGCAUAUUGAUGACGCAAAUCCCGAGCGCGACAGGGGAAGUGCUCAGCCAGCUCCACUACACUCACAUUUAACAUAAUAUUUUACCAUAUACAGCUGAUGAGGACUCCUUUGCAGAGAAUAUAUUUAGAGUGAUGGCGGCAGGGAGAGGAGAAGAUAUUGUCUCUGAGUUCCUCAGUCAGAAUCCACACCUGGCGAACUGGGUGGAAUCUUUAAGAGGAACCUGUGAGACAAAUAAACAGUGGCAUGCCAGAAGAGAGUUUGUCCUGCGCAACAUGGAGGCCUUUCCUACCAUCCAACCUGGGAUCCCAAGUUCUAGUUUGGACAGACUUCUGUCUCUGUCCAUGGUUUGGGCCAAUCACGUGUUUUUGGGCUGUCGAUAUCCACAGCCUGUAAUGGACAAGGUAAAUGAGAUGGCAGAAGGAAUCACUGUGACUGACGCCCCUGAGCGAAAGACUAGAGAUGAAAUCAUGGGAAAAACAAAAAGACCUGCAGUUUCAGCAGUGGAUGCUGAUUACCAGAGUAAAAAGGCUAAAGCCAGUGAUACAGACGUCAAAGCUCAUGCGAAGACUGUUGGACGUCCAUCUGCCAGUACCCUGAAAUCGGCCCCUCCGCCGGGGGCUCCUGCAGAACACCAGCCCUUUUUUAAUCGACUCUAUAAGGCAGUUGCUUGGAAGCUUGUGUCUGCUGGUGGCUUUGGCCCCAACCUGGAACACUUUGAAAUCUUGCGCAGUUGUGUGGAGUCAUGCAAGGCCAGUCUUACCUGUGUGUUCGUUCCACUCAAAGACAUUCCUGACCUGCCUAUGGGACGUACCCAGAAAGAAGGACAGGUUUGUGAACUGCGCUGCUGCACCGUCUACAUGGGUACGGGCUACGGGCGUGAUGAGUGCGCUGCCAAGGCAAUGGCCUCCAAAGAAGCGCUCAAAGUAUUUCAAGGGCAAAAAGUGACAGUGAAAGUUUGCCGUCGCAGGUUCAGAGGACGAGACGUUGACGAUUUGGUUCUGCUGGAUGAACAGACCAGGAGCCAGGUUUUCCCUCCAGCUCUCAGCUACCCCUUUCAGGAAGACCAGUAGAGCUUCAUUCUGCCACAGUGAUAGAAAGUUGUAGAUUUAGUUAUGGAGACAUUUUUCACUGCAGUUCCAAAGAGUUUAAUUUGUUCAGAUUUCAGUUGUU